UCGAGACCGACGCGUCGCGCACCAAACCCCAACCUCCUCAACUCCGCCUCCGCCCUGCCACCUGCUCAAUCGUCCCCUCACUCCGCGCUCCGAUCCGCCGCCGCCGCCUCCUCCUCGUCCACGCGGCGCCGGCGGGGACUGACGUGCCUGGGCUGCGCUACCCUGCGCGUGCGUGCGUGCGUGCGUGCUUUAUAGUGGGGGAAGUGGGGGUGGAUCGGGUGAUGUGAGAUCGGCCGCGGCGGGGGCUCGGCUACUCCGGCGGGUCAUGGGGUGCUUCCAGUCCACGGCGAGGCGGCCGCGCCCUGGCUACGAGGACCCCGUCGGCCUCGCCAACGAGACCGCCUUUAGCGUUAGUGAGGUGGAGGCUUUGUUCGAGCUGUUCAAGAGCAUCAGCGGGUCCGUCAUCGACGACGGGCUCAUCAAUAAGGAAGAGUUCCAGCUUGCGUUGUUUAAAAACAAAAGGAAGGAAAAUCUUUUCGCUAAUCGGAUAUUUGAUCUUUUUGAUGUCAAGAAAAGGGGGGUCAUCGACUUUGGUGACUUUGUUCGAGCUUUAAAUGUAUUUCAUCCAAACAUCCCAAUGGAAGAGAAAAUUGAUUUUUCCUUCAAGCUAUAUGAUAUGGACAGCACAGGAUUUAUUGAACGAAAGGAGGUAAAACAGAUGUUGAUUGCUCUUCUAGGUGAAUCAGAAAUGAGAUUAUCUGAUGAGAUUAUUGAGACAAUCCUUGACAAGACAUUUUCCGAUGCUGAUACUGAUCAGGAUGGGAGAAUAGAUAGAACAGAGUGGGAGAAUUUUGUCUCAAGGAAUCCUUCUUUGUUGAAGAUAAUGACUCUUCCAUACCUCAAGGACAUAACAACCACAUUUCCCAGUUUUGUGUUCAAUUCCGAGGUUGAUGAUCUCGUCACAUGAUCGCAUUUCCUUUACCGAUGUACAGUUAACAGAAAACAAGGAGUUAAUUUUAUGAGUGAAAAGAGGUAGAACAUUUGCAGAUGCUACUAUUAUAAGGAGUAUAAUUGCGCAGCAGCUUGGAAGCGUAUAUCAAGUUCUUUUGUUUGGGAAUAGUAGUAGUACUGAUUCCAGUAAUGCUGCCGUCACAGAAUAUAUUAGCGUUGUUUUAAUGUUGUUGAUUAGAUUUGGGAGUUAAGCAUGCAGAAACCAGAGAUGUAACAUUUGUAUGUUUGGGACUUGCAGUUUCCAACUGCUUGCCAACUAUGUAACGGCUUAUUCUUGUCACAACUCACAAGUUGACCUGCUACCGUAUUUAUCUAGUACUAGUUGUUUGCCCAACAUGAGUGAACAUUCCUUCCA